GCCGACUGAAUGCACCAGUUUGUAAUCAGCGUUUCUACGUAAAACAUCGGCAGAUUAUCUAGUGUUAAAAAAGUAACUGUAAUAUCAUUUGAAGCCGUAGAUUGGGACGAAAAUAUACAAAAUGGCUCAAAAACUGGCGGUCGCCAUCGUUUUACUAGCGUUGGCCAUACUUGGGAAUGCCGAUUUCGUAAGAGUACCGCUGCAUAAGGCCCCGUCGGCCCGGGAUCAUUUCCGUAGCGUUGGAACCGAAGUCAGGCAGCUCCGUCUGAAGUAUGGAGAUACGACUGGGCCGGUUCCGGAGCCAUUGUCGAACUAUCUCGAUGCUCAAUACUUUGGUGCUAUUUCGAUCGGAACACCACCGCAAAGCUUCAAGGUGGUUUUCGACACGGGUUCGUCCAACCUCUGGGUACCGUCGAAGGAGUGUUCAUUCACGAACAUUGCCUGCCUGAUGCACAACAAGUAUAACGCUAAGAAGUCAUCCACCUUCGAAAAGAACGGUACGGCGUUCCACAUUCAAUACGGCACCGGGAGCUUGACCGGAUACCUGUCAACCGAUACCGUCACCGUGGGAGGCGUUGCGGUCGAGAAGCAAACGUUUGCCGAGGCGAUCCAGGAGCCGGGUCUGGUGUUUGUGGCCGCCAAGUUCGAUGGCAUCCUCGGGCUGGCGUACAAAUCGAUCUCGGUGGACGGCGUGGUGCCCGUGUUCUACAACAUGUUCAAUCAGAACAAGAUUGAUUCGCCCGUCUUCUCGUUCUACCUGAACCGCGAUCCAAGUGCGGCCGAGGGUGGCGAGAUUAUUUUCGGAGGUUCCGACCCGCAGCACUACACGGGCGACUUCACGUACCUGAGCGUGGACCGUAAGGCGUACUGGCAGUUUAAGAUGGAUGCGGUCUCGGUUGGCGACAGCCAGUUCUGCAAUAAUGGCUGCGAAGCGAUUGCCGACACGGGCACCAGCCUCAUUGCGGGACCGGUCGAAGAAGUGACGGCCAUUAACAAGGCCAUCGGAGGCACCCCGAUCCUGAACGGUGAGUACAUGGUGGACUGCUCGUUGAUCCCGAGCCUGCCGAAGAUUACCUUCACCCUGGCUGGCAAAUCGUUUGUGCUGGAGGGGGCCGACUAUAUCCUACGCAUCGCUCAGAUGGGCAAGACGAUCUGUCUGUCCGGUUUCAUGGGCAUUGAUAUUCCGCCACCGAAUGGACCGCUGUGGAUUCUGGGAGAUGUCUUUAUUGGCAAAUACUAUACCGAGUUCGACAUGGGUAACGACCGUGUGGGCUUCGCUACGGCUGUCUAAAGCCUAAAAACCAAAGCAGCAGCUAAUUUGCCGAAAGACAAACACUUUUUAAACAUGUGGUUUUUUAUAGACCUAGAAAAAUGAAUUACAAAAUCAGCUAAUAA